AUGAUCUAUCUCGAUCAUUUCAAAUUGAUGAUCAUUUUCUUAUCGAUUGGAGAAAUCGUCGGUGUUGUUUCAUUCAAUCAACCGAGAUUCAAUUCAUGCACAGCAUGGAAUGGCGAUGCAAUUACUUUUGCAGCAAAUGGUACACUCGGAAAUCGUCCAUCUGCCAUUUUUAUCGAUUCGAAUGAUGCAAUAUAUGGAGCGGAUGCAGACAAUAGUCAAAUCAUUAUUUGGUAUACUAAUAACACUAACAAAACGAUCACUAUGAAUAAUAGUUUAACAACUCCCAAUUCGGUAUUUGUUACAAAUCAACAACAGAUUUAUAUCAGUACGGACAAUACAACUGGUGACAUCAGACAAGUAUUGAAUACAGGUGCAACUUCAGUCGCAAUGCGAGUUGGUCAAAUCUGUUCUGAUAUCUUCAUAAGUUUGAAUAAUACAUUGUAUUGUUCAAUGCGGGAUUUUCACCGAGUUGUGUCCAAAAGUUUGAAUACCACUUCGGAUAUAUUUGGCACUGUUGCUGGUACAUUUUGUAGUGGAUCGGCUUCAGAUCAGCUUUACUUACCGACUGGAAUUUAUGUGACCGAUAAUUUUAGUUUAUAUGUGGCUGACAGUGGAAACAACAGGAUUCAAUAUUUUGCGUUGCCUGACUGGAAUGGAACAACUAUUACUUUUACAGGAAUUUCCGCACUUAAUAGUCCAACAGGAAUUAUGCUUGAUGGCGAUGGUAAUCUUUAUGUUGCUGACAGUGGAAAUAGUCGUAUCAUUAGAUCAGGACCUUCAGCGGCUCAAUGUUUAGUAGGAUGUUCUGGUUCAAGUGGAUCUUCAGUAUCUCAAUUAUCUGCUCCACAAUAUAUGGCAUUCGAUAGUAAUGGAAAUAUCUAUGUUACUGAUCAAAAUAACGGUCGAAUUCAGAAGUUUGUUACAUUUGACAGUUGUGUUACAACAAUGAUGAGCACAACGACAACCAUGACGGCAAACGCAGGAUGUUUUCCUCCAACUGUGACACUCAUACCCAGUUCAUCAUCGAUAUCAUCUCCAAUACAAUUCCGUCGUGCUCACGACUUUACUAUUGCUUCUUUGAUUCAAUUAAAUUGUAACAAUUCUAUAGUGAUCACUACUCAAUGGACUGUAAAAAGUUGCAACUCAUCAUGUACUAAUCGAGUUCUUCUCGAUUCAUCUGUGAUAACGACCGCAAGUGAACUAUACAUACCUGAACGAACUCUACCAUGCGGCUUGUACGAAUUAAGUUUCAAAGUUACAAUGUCUCACGUACCGAAUUCAAAUUUAACAAACACGGUUUACGUUCAAAUAUCUUCCUCCGAGAAGAAAGUGAAUUUAAUCUCAUACGGAACAUCAAUGAUCACUCGUGGAUAUCUUCAAGAUCUUCAACUAAAUCCGGGGAAUUAUUCCGUUGAUCCCGAUGAAGACAAUUUCGAUCCUUCUAUGUGGAAAUAUUAUUAUUAUUGUCGAAUCUAUGGAGUAUCCAAGUUUCCUCGUUUCCAAAGUUCAUUGAUAACAAUUAAUGAUAUGAGAAAUGAUUCAUCGAAUCCAUCAUGUCUUACAAAUCGAACAGGAUGGCGAUUUGACAACGCCAUGAAUUCAUCAUUCACAAUUCUCUCUGGUUCACUUCAGUCCAAUCGAACUUAUCAAUUUAUGGUUCAGAUGGAAAAUCUGCAAAACUCAACUCAGCUAAUAAUCGGUUACCUUCUAGUGAGAGUUACUAAUACUCGUCUACCAGUC